UUCUGCCGCCUAGAAAACAGAGGCUGGAGAGGUAAUGUCUUCUUGGCUGGUCGCCUACAAGGGAUGGGAUCGGAGGACACUGCCAGAUACCUUCUAACAGUUAGCCUGAAUGAUUCCCACAACCAGAUGGUGGUGCAUUGGGCUGGAGAGAAGAGUAAUGUGAUUGUGGCCCUGGCUCGGGAUAGUUUAGCCUUGAUGGGUCCCAAGUUAAGCGAUGUUUACGUGUCUUACGACUAUGGGAAGGCGUUUAAAAAGAUAUCAGAGAAGUUCAACUUUGGUCCAGGGAAUACCAGCCAAGCCGUGAUUGCUCAGUUCUACCAUAGCCCAGCUGACAAUAAAAGGUAUAUUUUUGUGGACGCCUACACGCAGUACCUCUGGCUCACGACCGACUUUUGCAAGACCGUUCAGGGUUUCCCGAUUCCCUUCAAAGCCUCAGACCUCCUUUUGCACAGCCGGUUCCCAAACCUCGUCUUGGGCUUUGAUAAGUCCCAUCCCAACAAACAACUUUGGAAAUCGGAUGAUUUUGGGCAGACAUGGAUAAUGAUUCAUGAACAUGUGAAAUCGUUUUCUUGGGGAAUUGAACCAUAUGACAAGCCGAAUGCAGUUUACAUAGAGCGGCACGAACCUACGCGAUCCUCCACUAUCCUUCGCAGCACCGAUUUCUUUCAAACCAGGGAAAACAAAGAGAUUCUUUUGGAGGAUGUUGAAGACUUCCAACUCAGGGACAAAUAUCUGUUUGCAACCAAGUCUGUGCGUCUUUUGGGCUCUCAGCAACAAACGUCUGUUCAGCUGUGGGUAUCCUUUAACCGCAAACCUAUGCAAGCAGCCCAGUUUGUGACAAGGCACCCUAUUAAGGAAUACUAUAUUGCGGACACAUCUGAAGACCAGGUGUUUGUGUGUGUCAGUCACAGUAACAACAGCACCAACCUCUACAUCUCAGAAGCAGAAGGCCUACGAUUUUCACUGACUUUGGAGAACAUUCUCUAUUAUAGCCCUGGAGGAGUUGGGAGUGACACUUUGGUCAGAUACUUUGCAAACGAGCCCUUUGCGGACUUCCACCGGGUCGAGGGGGUGCCGGGGGUCUAUAUUGCCACCUUGAUCAACGGCUUGUUCAGCGAGGAGAACAUGCACUCCGUCAUCACCUUCGACAAAGGUGGGACUUGGGAAUUUCUCCAGGCUCCAGAGUAUACUCGCUAUGGCGAAAAGAUUAAUUGUGAGCUUUCUCAGGGCUGCUCCCUUCACCUGGCCCAGCGGCUGAGUCAGCUCCUCAACUUCCAGUUGCGCAGGAUGCCCAUCUUGUCCAAAGAGUCUGCUCCAGGAUUGAUCAUUGCAACAGGUUCCGUGGGCAAGAACAUGGCAAGCAAAAUGAAUGUGUACAUUUCUAGCAGUGCAGGUGUCCGAUGGAAAGAGGUCUUGUCCGGACCUCACUAUUACUCUUGGGGUGACCAUGGAGGCAUCCUCAUGGUAGUGGCUCAGGGUACAGAGACAAACCAGCUCAAGUACAGCACCAACGAAGGAGAGACAUGGAAGACGUUCACCUUCUCAGAGAAACCGGUCUUUGUUUAUGGCCUUCUGACGGAGCCUGGAGAAAAAAGCACCAUUUUCACCAUCUUUGGGUCUUACAAAGAGAAUGGCCACAGUUGGCUUAUCCUGCAGAUCAAUACCACUGACGCGCUGGGGGUGCCUUGCACGGAAAAUGAUUACAAACUGUGGUCCCCGUCAGAUGAGCGAGGCAAUGAGUGCCUCUUGGGGCAUAAGACGGUCUUCAAAAGGCGAACUCCCCAUGCAACGUGCUUUAAUGGAGAAGAUUUUGAUCGGCCAGUCAUGGUCUCCAACUGUUCUUGCACACGAGAAGACUAUGAGUGCGAUUUUGGCUUCAAACUAAGUGAAGACUUGUCACUGGAGGUUUGUGUUCCUGAUCCUGAAUUUGCUGGCAAACCUUAUUCUCCCCCUGUGCCAUGUCCUGUUGGGUCAACUUACAAAAAGACUAAAGGCUAUCGCAAGAUAUCUGGAGACACUUGCUCAGGUGGUGAUGUUGAGGCCCGGCUGGAAGGGGAACCAGUACCAUGCCCAUUAGCAGAGGAGAACGAAUUCAUUUUGUACACGACACGAUACUCCAUCCAUCGUUAUGAUCUGUCCUCUGGCAUCAGUGAAGAGUUGCCUUUGACUGGGCUGCGAGGAGCCGUGGCUCUUGACUUUGACUAUGACCACAAUUGUUUGUACUGGGCUGAUGUGACACUGGACAUUAUUCAGGUGAUCUUCAUGCAGCUGUCCUACUGCUUCCUCUCUUUCCUUCCCCGGCCCUCUUCCAUGUGUCCUUUUAUGUCCCCUUUUCAUCUCUCUCUUUUUCUGUGCUUGCUUUUAGCAGUUUACCACACCUGUGAAGCCUCCAGUUUCCAGUGUCACAAUGGGCACUGCAUUCCUCAGAGAUGGGCAUGUGAUGGAGACGCUGACUGCCAAGAUGGAUCUGAUGAAGAUCCCACCAACUGUGAGACAAAAUGCAAUGGCUUCCAGUGCCCAAACGGAACUUGCAUCCCUUCCAGCAAACGGUGUAAUGGCGCCCACGACUGCUCUGAUGGCUCUGAUGAACAGCAUUGUGAACCCCUCUGUACACGCUACAUGGAUUUUGUUUGUAAGAACCGACAACAGUGUUUGCUGCGCUCCAUGGUGUGCGAUGGCACUGUGCACUGUCGAGAUGGCUCAGAUGAAGACCCUGCCUACGCCGGGUGCUCCCAAGACCCUGAGUUCCACCACACUUGUGACCAGUUUACCUUUCAAUGUCAGAACGGCGUGUGCAUCAGCUUGGUGUGGAAAUGCGAUGGCAUGGAUGACUGUGGGGACUACUCAGAUGAAGCAAACUGUGAAAACCCUACUGAAGCUCCAAACUGCUCUCGAUACUACCAGUUCCAGUGCGACAAUGGACACUGCAUCCCCAACAGGUGGAAAUGCGAUGAAGAGAAUGACUGUGGUGACUGGUCUGAUGAGAAGGUGUGUGGAGGUUCAGCCAUUGUACCUGUUACCACACCAGCCCCUGCCACAUGUUCACCAAACCACUUCCGUUGCAAUAGUGGCACUUGCAUCAUGAACAGCUGGGUUUGUGACGGAUACCGGGAUUGUGCUGAUGGCUCUGAUGAGGAUGCUUGUCCCACCCCUGCAGUUGGUGCAACAUCAACCUCGGCCAGCUCUCCAGGACGGUGUAGUCGGUUUGAGUUUGAGUGCCAGCCUAUGAAGAAAUGCAUCCCAAACUGGAAGCGCUGCGAUGGCUUGAAAGACUGUCCGGAUGGCAUGGAUGAGCUCAACUGCCCGACACACAGUACCCUAUCAUGCCCAAAUGGAUUUAAAUGUGAAGAUGGAGAAACUUGUAUCAUGAUGUCAGAACGGUGUGAUGGAUUUCUAGACUGUUCAGAUAGCAGUGAUGAAAGAAACUGUACCGAUGAAACACUUGUCUAUAAAGUACAGAACCUCCAGUGGACCGCUGAUUUCUCGGGCAACGUCACUUUGACCUGGACUCGGCCUAAAAAGAUGCCUCCUGCCUCCUGUGUCUACACUAUUCAUUACAGGAUGGUUGGAGAAGGCAUGUGGAAGUCCUUGGAAACACACAGCAAUAAAACCAACAGUGUCUUGAAAGUGCUGAAACCGGACUGCACAUACCAGGUCAAAGUUCAGGUCCAGUGUCUGAGCAAAGUGUACAACACCAAUGACUUCAUCACCUUGCGUACCCCAGAAGGAUUGCCAGACCCUCCACGCCACCUUCAGUUGACGCUGAAAAGAGAAUCUGAAGGUGUUGUGGUUUGCCAGUGGGCGCCGCCAACCAACACCCACGGCCUGAUAAGAGAAUAUGUUGUGGAGUACAACAGGAUUGAUUCCAAGGAGUGGUCAUCCGUGAGAGCCCCCAGCAAUUACUCAGAAGUUGAGAGGUUGCAGGUCAACUCCUUAUAUACUUUCAGGGUUGCUGCGGUAACUAGCCGUGGAGUGGGAAACUGGAGCGAUUCCAAAUCUAUACGAACCGUGAAAGGCAAAGUUAUUCCACCACCUACUAUCCAUAUUGAUGGUUACACUGAAAACUCCAUAAGCUUCACUCUCAAAAUGGAAAGUAACAUUCAGGUGAACGGAUAUGUCGUGAAAAUCUUCUGGACUUUUGACACGCACAGACAAGAGAAAAUGUCCUUGUACAUUGACGGGGGGAAGUCAGCACAAACUGUGAGUAACUUGACUGCUCAGACCCCAUACGAGAUUUCUGCCUGGGCCAAGACAGAAUUGGGAGACAGUCCUCUGUCCUUUGCCCAUGUGGUGACCAGUGGCACCAGACCAUCCCCUCCCAGUCUGAAAGCCAAAGCUGUCAACCAGACUGCUGUCGAGUGCACCUGGACUGGGCCGAGGAAUGUGGUGUAUGGCAUAUUUUAUGCCACAUCUUUCCUAGAGCUCUACAGGAAUCCUAACAAUGCCACCACCACACUGCACAACAUCACAGUCAUUGUCAACAGAGAUGAGCAGUAUCUGUUUCUGGUACGUGUGGUUUCUCCGUACCAAGGACCACCUUCUGAUUACAUCGUGGUGAAGAUGAUUCCUGACAACCGCCUGCCUCCUCGGCAUCUACAUUCUGUGCAUCUGGCAAAAACGUUUGCUGUCAUUAAGUGGGAGUCACCGUAUGAUUCACCCGACCAAGAUAUGUUAUAUGCUGUAGCGGUGAAGGAUUUAGUAAGGAAGACAGACAGAACUUACAAGGUGAAAACUCGUAACAGCACUGUGGAAUACACCAUCAAGAAGCUGGAGCCCGGUGGAAAAUACCAUAUCAUUGUUCAGCUGGGAAACAUGAGCAAAGAAGCCAGUCUGAAGAUCAGUACAGUUUCCUUGGCUGCUCCUGAUGCCUUAAAGAUUAUAGCAGAAAAUGACCAUAUCUUGUUGUUUUGGAAGAGCUUAGCUUUAAAAGAAAAUCAUUUUAGUGAAAGUCGGGGGUAUGAGGUACACAUGUCUGACAGUGUGACAAAUACUACAACAUAUCUGGGAAACACUACUGAGAAUGUGUUCAAAGUUUCCAACCUGAAAUCAGGCCACAAUUACUCCUUCACAGUGCAAGCAAGAUGUCUCUACAGUGGUCAGAUGUGUGGAGAACCCGCAACACUUCUCUAUAAUGAACUAGGAAUGGGAGAGGAUCCUGCUGCAUCUACGAUGGGCAAAUCGACAGAUGUUGCUGCCAUCGUGGUACCAAUAUUAUUCCUCUUGCUAGUGACUGUGGGCAUAGGGUUUGUCGUCUUAUAUAUGAGGCACAGAAGACUUCAGAACAGCUUCACAGCCUUUGCCAACAGCCACUAUAGUUCCCGUCUAGGGUCUGCCAUAUUCUCAUCAGGUGAUGAUUUAGGGGAUGAAGACGAUGAAGCACCAAUGAUCACGGGCUUUUCAGACGACGUCCCCAUGGUGAUAGCAUGAAGUGUGUUUCUGACACCAGAAACCAAAAUGGUGUACAUAUUUUAUUUGAUAGAAAAAAACAAAACAGUCAACUGUUUAUUUUAAAACAAAAAAAAUGCACUUUUGAGUUGCAAUACGUUAUUUUUGUAUGGGCUGAAAAAACUGAUGAAGAAGAAAUAAUUAUUACACUUUGUAGUACACAGCUGUGAACUUUCAAACCAGGUUGAUUUAGUAAUGAAUAUCUGUUCUUGUUGUUGGAUUUCCUUUUUAUUAUUUCGUUGAUUCCUUUUCAAAUGUUUAAUUUAGUCUUACAAGGCUGUGCUUGCUGGGCAUGCUUUUAAGUCUGUGAGAUGCAUAUAUAUAAAUAUAUAUUCUGUUGACUAUGACUCUGAUCCUCAGAGGACUUGUGGAUGGCCAGAGAUAGUCCCAUUAAUGUUGGUUCCAGUUUGUGAUAACUGGGUGGAACUAGAUGUGACAGAGGACACAGAGCUGCCUUUUGACCUCAAUCUUGUAAUCCAUAAUAACAUGAAAGUAUGGUGUGACCCCAUCACAUUAGGAAGCUAUAUAUUUGGAUCCCACUAUGACAGGGAUGGGUAAGCUCUAGGGAUGCAGCAGAGUUGUGGCUAAUGGUUUCCAUGGUGGCAAAUCCAUUCUGGAGUUUGAGACUGAACUUUUAAGGGGGACAUACAAGGUGCCAAACCUAUUUUAGGAAUAAGCUUCAGCACCUUUGAUAGCACUGUCCAGAUGGAAAUAAAAUUAGAGUGGCAAGGAGAGGACAAGACAAUGAGUAAGAAACGAAAGCCAAAACAUAGUAGUAAGAUCCAAUUCUCUGAAGGUAGGCAGUACUUUUAUUUUGGGGGAUAAAAGAAUGAUGCGUUCAACGAUUUUACAAUUUAAUUGUUUUCAGUUUGGAAAGCAAUUAAAAAUAAUUUUAAAAAAAGCACUGUCCAGAAUUCACACUAAAAUGCAGAGUGGAUUAAUCUCCCCAUGGAUGUUGCAGCCACCAGCACCCACUCCAAUUCCUUAUUUCUUACACCAUUCCCAAACUCCUGAGCUCUGUGCCUAAAUAGCAGUUGGCCUAAUCUGUCCCUAAGGGACUGUCCCUAGGCUCAGAGCUUGCCCUUCAAUCGUAGACAUUUUUCUCUUGUGUGAGAACAUUGCCUGAAGGUGGAGAGAGUGUGUCUCCUGGGGCCAUGUACCACUUCUGAACCCCACUCUUGCAAUUCCUGAACGCUCAGGUUCAUUUUUUAAAGCAUUGUUUUGCCUCCCAGAUAGUCCAAAAUCAUAGAACACAUAGAAAACUACCCUACAAUCCUUUUGAAAUUGCCUGUUUUGGCUUGACAGUUUGCCCAGAAUGGUGGCUAGGAAUGGAUGUGAUGUCACUUCUGGAGCACCAGGAAGCAUCAGUUUGGCCCAUUUUCAAAGGCAGACAUGUGUUCUCUGCUGCAUCUAGAUCUACCCAUGCAUGAAUGGAGGUGGGAUGAGGAGGAAGGAAACAGUUGUUCCUUGUGACAUUUAUUAUAUGAAGCCCAUGCAACUGAAAUGGGACAGUAUGGAUGGCUUGGCCACUGGUUUCCUAGGUGCACGUUUAUCUUAACCCCCAACUGAUGCUGCUACAAACUUCUGUUCAUUUCUGGGGGGCUUUCCUAAAUCCCUAACAAGUCCCCUGAAUCUAGCAACUAGGAAAACCAUUUCUCUCAGGAACAGAGUCUUAAGUUAGUGAUUUUUUUUUUCCUAAGAUGAAUUUUAUUUUUUAAAAAAAUAUUCAGGAAAUACAAAUCUAUAUCUAUAUCUAUAUAUCUAUGAAGAGAGACGAUAGUUCCUGAAGGUUUUACAUUGACUUAAAAAUUCUUUGGAUAUUGUUUUAUAUGAGAGUUUUGUUUCUCUUUUAUUAAUUUAUUAGGAAAUCUGCUUUUGGUCAGAGUUCCAGGAUUCUCAGUCAUGUUCACACUGACGGUGUGGGGAAAUGUGCCACUUUAACCUUUUGCAAAAUAGUCAGGUUGUUUCUUUUGUUUUUAUUAUAUAUAUUUUUUUCCUGGUGUCCUGUGAUUGAAUCAGGUAUUAAUGCCAUAGUAAAACAUAAAACAAAAGCAAAAACUCAGUACAUUUUAUUUUUUAUCUUUGAAUGUUUUUUAUGUGUUAUGAGAAUGCAAAAAAAAAAAAAAAAAGAGGGUGGGAUAGAUAGAUAGAUGUAUUGUUUUGUCAAACUGAGGGCUGAAAUAGUUUCUGCAGAGCACUUAGCAUGCAUUCACAGAAGAAGAAAAUCCCUCAAACCAAGCGCACAAAGUUUCAUACACUUUUUAGUUUGAUUUUCUGAUAGUGGUUUGUUUGGGGUUUUUUGAUCCAAGUAAUGCUCUGAUCCCUGAAUGUCCUUCGCUAUGCAGACAGCGGUUCUUGUGUGAAUAGGUUUUCCUGUUCACUUAGAUCAGGAGUUGUGAUUCUCUGACCCAUGGCUGCAUGUAACUCACUGUUGCCCCUGCUGCAACAUCUGUAGACCUCCAGCACUGGAAAAGAAUAGUUUGUCCCCAAAAUGGAGAACCAUAGCAAAACUGAAGGAUUGCACCAGAAGCCUUUUGGAACCACAGUCCUCCAUUUUAUGGCUAUUUUGCCCACCCCAUCUCUUUUUGGAGUUUAAAAUAAGCUCUUUUUUAAAAUCAGAAUGUGAUUGUCUAGCUGCUUCCUGUCUCACAAAAAGAAGUAUUGCUUGGAGAGAUCUUGGUGGUGUUGGAACCCUCUGCUCCUGUUCACUUCUGACAGGGAUGGAAGAGGAAAAGCCCGUAAUAAGUUACUUUGUGCCAAUGGAGCUGCACCCAGCAUGUGUGCAAUGAAGCUCCAGGUGUCCUCAAGGAAUGCAGUUGAGGUUCAGCUUCCGCAUUCAUGGGAACCAGAUGCUGUGGCCCAUUCUCUCUCUCUCUUCUCUUAGAGAUUGGGGUGGAAGAAAAGUAGGUGGAUCUAAAGAGUGCUGUGGGUGGGUGACUUCAGACAUCUUUCAGCUUCAGACAUCUAUCAGAACUUGGAAUGGUACCAAAUCCCUGUGUUUGCUGGGAUUCAUAAGCACCAACCUGACUGAAGGGAGUUUUCAACUGAAUGCUGAAGGUUUUCCCCAUCCACAACAUGUAACUCGUCUUCAAGAGUAUGUGGACUCUUUGAAUGGAGAAGGGACAGCUCUCAUAGCAGUGUUGUUCAUGCCUGGAGCCCCUUGAGAUAGGUUUGGGACUCAUGGUCUGUGCAAGCAGCAAAAUGGGAGAACAUGGGCCAAGCAAAGUGAAAAUCUCCAUUGAUGUUCAUUGCUGUGUCCCUUCAAGUCAUUCCUGACUUUAGGGCGACCACUAAGAUGAACCUGUAACCAGGCACUUUAAUUCACUUUAAAUGCCAUUAGAUCGAUUGUGCUUUUGUGGUUAUCUUUCUUUCAAAAUGUCAUUUUGCUGUUGGUGUUUUUUUGUUUUGUUUUGUUUGCUAAGUACUGCCUAGAUGAAAAUCCUCAAUUGGUUUUGACUUUUCUUUUUAGAAAGAGCUACCUUACUCAUUACAAACAUUGUUCAGUGGUAACUAUGGGUGUAUUUUUAAUGUUCAUAUGUAUUAUAUGUUUUCCAAUCAGUUGAUGUUGUGGAUUUAGCACAGCUAUGCAGGUUUGUCCCUGGAGCUAAGCCUUCAGUAGUCAAACAAUAUCUGGUAUCUUUGUCUUGUCUCUGUGUGAAUGUGGAUUCUACCAUACAACCAGACAGUAAGUGUAAGGGCUCAUUUAGAAGUUAACCCUCAUCCUCCUCCAAGGCUGAUGAAAAUAGCUUUUCUGUGGUGAGCACAACAUUUCAUAACCUCUUAACCCCAAGGAGCCAUUUCAUAUGUAUGCAGUAGACUUAAAAUAUAUUGCACCAAUACUGCAUGCUUCCAAUUGGUGGCUGACCAAGUUCAGAAGAACAUGAGAAUAUAAGAAUAUAAGAAGAGCCACAUUGGAUCAGACCAAAGGCCUGUCUAGUUUAACAUUCUGUUCAUGCAGUUGGGUGCCUACCAAUGGGACAUGAGUGCAACUUCACUCUCCAUCUCAUAUUCCCCGUGAUUGAUAUACAGGGGCAUACUGCCCCUGGUACCAGAAGUGAUAUAUAGCCACCUUGACUAGUAACCAUUGCUGGCCUCCUUGAAUUUAUUUGCACCCUUAUCUCAUUGUGGCAGCAAAUCCCACAGUUUAUCUAUGUGUUGUGUGAGGACGUAUUUCCUUUGAGCUGUCUGAUCAUUUAGUUUCAGUGGAGGAGCUGAGUUGUACUAGAACAGUGGUUCCCAACCUUUUCUAUGCCUCACACCCCUAGGAAACAUUUCAUUAAUGUGCACACCCCCUGCAAAAGUAAUAUCACAUUGAAGAAUUCUAAUUUCUAAUUUUUGAACCCCAAAUUGAUCCACAUACAAUACCGCAGGUGAACAAAUUGAACUUAAAAAAAUAAAUAAGUAUUUUGACUCAGUGCAUAAAAUGCAAUUCUAAAUUUAGCAGUUAGAUUCUCAUUUAUUCAGGAAAAACAAAUGAGUGAUGACUUGUGACUCAAGGACACAAGCCCCUCUUUAUUUUAGUCCCUAAAAUCCCAUCUUGCACUCCAGGUUGGGAAGUCAUGUGCUAUAAUGACAGAGAAAAAUCACUCACAUCUCCUUUCCCACAUUAAACAUAACUUUAUAUACUUCUAUCAUGCCCCUGUUUUGGUUAUUUUUUAAAACAGGGGAGUCAUCUUUGUUCUCUUCAGUCCCUGCUGCCUCCACCCCACAAAUGCCAAAUGAUAAGAGAUUACAUGGGUAAUACCCAUUGGGUAUUUCCAAUGGUCCUCUUGUCUUCACAAUUGGGAAGAGACAGGGCAUCAGAUCGGGUGUGAGUCCUCUUCCAACCCUUUAUGAGGAUUGGAUUAAUCCUUUCUUGGGUUGGUGGUUCCCCAUCUCCACCACUGGGACUGACCUUUGGGAUAAGAGGCUUCUAAAAUACAGUCCACCCUCUCUAUAUGCGGGGGAUCCAUUCUGGACUCCCCCAUGUAUGGGGAAAAGAGCGUAUGCUCAAGCCCCAUAGGAAAUAAUUAGGUGCGUGCACACGGCGCACAAGUCACAAAGCACGGGUACGCGCCUCAUUAUUUCUAAUGGGAUUUUCCUUCUGCAUAAGCUCAAAGUUGCAGAAGGUAAGCCCACCUAUGAGGAGGGCUGACUACUACAUCACAGAAACCUUUUUCAGCAGCCAAGAAGGGGAAGAGGGAGUUGUAAUGUUUCAUUCAUCUUUCUGUGCUUCUAGGUCACAUGUUUCUUCCCCUAUUUUGUAUAUGCAAGUCCUGUUGCCCCACAUUGAGAAGCACAAAGAUUUGUGUUUGUCACAGAUGCAAGUAUCUUUUCUGACUUUAACCAAAAACGUUGCUUUGCUGUGUAAUGUAGUCUUCCUGCAGUUGAAGUGAAUAUCAAAUGGUCCAAUUGUAACUUCAUCAAACAAACUUUAACUUUUUAAUUCCAAUCAUUUUCCCAGUAAUGGACCACUGUUUGCAUUAACAGCUGAGGGUGGUACUCAUCCAUAACUCAAGGUAAACAGAAGCAUAAAGGAGCUUCAGGGUAUCCAUUGGAUGAAAAUAACCCAUUAUGGCAUGGGAUUGUCCAUGGAUAUAGACCAUUGGUUUGCAUAGCUAUGAGAUAUCUCUUCCAUACUGUCUUGUCUGCCAAGAAACAUACAUAACUAUGUGCCUCCUCAUCUGCUGUUGAGAAUUUGCAAAGUAGUCAAGGGCCUUUUGUAAUGCAUACUCUGGGUUCAAGCAGGAUACUGGACAUUAAUCCCCCAGUCAGACAGGGAACUCAGUUCAGAAAUAGCUUGGUAUAUUGCAAAUCCAAAUGGAAACCUUGCUCUCAGAGAUUCCUUCAGAGGGAUGCCAGUAGGAUUGUCAGUAGAAGUGGAAAUGCUCAGAAAAAGAAACAGUGGUGGUGGGGGAACAGAUUUCCCCUAUUAUUAUUUUUUUUCACAAUAACUUUUCCAGGAAAAAGAAAGUGGAUUGUGGCAUAUUCUUUUCUAGAAUGGAGAAUAAAACAUUUAAGAAAAAGGUUUUCCAAUAUUUAUUCCUUCUGCCUUAUUUCCAAAAGCUAUGUAGUAAAUAAACUUCCAUAUAAGAUUAGGUAUCUCACCUCGCUGCAAUUGCUGCUCUUGGUUUUGUUUUGAUUUUUCAGUUCUCCACAAUGGAACAAUGGAGACAAAAUAAUUCUUUUUGGCCUGUUACAGGCCUGUUACCUGUAACCGGAGGUCGGACCAAAGCCACACUCCAUUCCUAAGCACUGGAGUGCAGCUUUGCUGCAGCUUCCGGAUUCUUCGGAUGCAUGCAUCAUUUAAACAGCAUACCUCCAAAGAGACCCGAAGCAGCUUUAUUUUGGCAGUCUGUAACAGGCCUUUGUUUUACUAAUGUUGAUGGUUCCUCCUCUUUUUAUUACUUUCAGUUGCCGAAGGAACCUGCCAUUGCAUUACUUUUCCAAUUUCCCCCCAAACAUCUAUUUUUCUUGAAAAAACAGGAAGAACAUGGGGAAAAGUUCCCCAUGGCUUCAUAAUUUCUCGUAAGUUUACAUCAAACUUUACAUUUUUCACCUGGGAUUCUUCCCAGUGUGUGUUUAGAUUUUGUCCACAUAGCCUAGCAAUGUCCUCUUUGGCUGGCAGCAUCUCUCUGGGUCUUAGGCAAAGUUAUUUCCCCUGCAAUCGGUUCCUUCUACUUUGAGACGCCAAGGGUUGAAUCUGGGAUCUUCUCAGCUAUGAGCCCUCGCCACUGAGCUAUGAGCCCCCUCCAAAUUUCACUUUUUGAUUCAGUGCUAUGUAACUGGUGGACACUCUCAGUCUCUCAACUGACACAUCCCUCAUCCAUAAUCCCAAACCCUGUUUUGAUUUUGUAAAAAACCACCACCACUGUGUGAUGAUUCUUGACAGGGCUAGAGCAUUUUAUAUGAAUUAGUGAACCCUUUGCUUCAGAGGUAUGAGCAGGGCUGGUGAAUAAACUGUAUAUUUUUAUGAAUGUCUGAAGCACAAAAAGGUGUGUGGCAGUGUUCAUGUUUGUAAAUAGAUGAAUGCGGAGUCGUCUGUUACAUGUCAGUAGUUGUUGAAACAUGGUUAUGUCUUGAGAUAUUUUCAUCUGAGUUCUUCUUCUUCUUCUUGGUAUGAGAGAUAAAGGGGAGUUCUGAUGUUUCUGCCUAUCCCUUUUGUGCAAGGAGUGAACAGCAGCCUGACUAAAAUGGCUUCUCCCUCUUUUGACAUCAGAGAAGGAGAAGAUAUGAAGUCAUUUGACAUCAGCAGGUCAAGGCAGUUAUGGCAAACUGGCCGCCUUACCUACUUCACUGGAUUUUGUCUACACAUAACUAAGUCCAGAUCCAACCUGAUGUUUAUUUCAGUGAGGGUUUUUUAAUUUUUUGGGGAUCAUGGAUCCCUUUGAGAAUCUGAUUAAAUCUCUUUCCCCCAAAAUUGAACAUAAUUUUCAGAGUGACAGGAAGGGAAUAGAAGGGGGAAAACAUUUUUUGCUCCUGCUUCACAGUCUUUCUGAAACCCAUUCAUUGGUGCUUUUAGAGGUCCAUGGACAGCAGGUUAAAAAAUCCAGGUUUAUGCCUAUUGUAGAAAUGAUAUUACCAAAAUGUUAUCAAGUGUCAUUUUUGAAAGCUCUUCUUUUGUUAUUGUGUGCCUUCAAGACAUUUCUGAUUUACGGCAAUCCUAAGGUGAUCCUAAUGGGGUUCUCUGGGGCUGAGACGACUGUGAUUCGGCCAAAGGUCACUCAGUGGGUAUUUAUGGCCGAGCGAGGAAUUGAACCCAGAUCUCCAGAGUCCUAGUCCAACACUCAAACCACUACACCUGGCUCUGUAAAGUUACAUACACACUGACUUAUAGCACUGACUAUAUUUUAGGCUCUGUACUGAGAUUUCAAAACAGAACAUCCAGGAUCACUGACAAUUCAAAAACAAAUGGGACCAAAUUGAAAAAGAAUAUCUGGGGCAGAAAGGAAAUUUUAACAUAAACUAAGAGAGACUGAACAAAAGCAGAGUUAAAGAAUGCCAUAUGUAAAGUAGAAACAGAAAAGCCAAUUAGUGCAUUAAGACAGCAGGAGGCAGAGAGGCGAGAGGCAGCAUUUUGAAAUCAUGCGCUAAUGUGAGUCAAAGAGGAAAUCAGCUGAAUAUUAACGGGAGGUUUUACACCGAAAGGGAGAAAGUAACAAAAGGAAGGGAGAUUUAAUAAGAUUAGUGGUAGAUGAACGGAGGGAUUAAGGGAGAGAUGAGAAAGCAAGAUCAUGAAGAUAAACAUAAGAAAGGCACUAGUAGUUUUAACAUCCAGUUUACACUGGAAAGUCUUUCCCUAAGGAGGAGGAAACGCAUGUAUACAUAUAUAAGUGUGAUAAACCUGAUCUGCUCAUCCCAAAUAGUAAGAUAUUAAUUUUAUGGAGAGGGAAGAGGGUGCAGAGGGAUGGAUUCAGCUGGUUUCCACAACUAGCAAAGCUUCUCGAGUGGAGAUCCAGUCACGCAUCACAGUUACAACAUUAUGAUUCUGCUUUAACUACCAUGGUUUCAUAGUGGGAUUUACAGUAUUAGGGUUCGAAUUCACAUCCAGGGAGCUCUUAUGUCUUGCCAAAUUACAAAUCCUAGGAUCCCGCAGGAUGUUGCCAUGGCAGUUCAAGUGAAUAUAGUGCUACAAUUGUGUAGUGUGAAUGGGUCCUGGUUGCAUGCACCUGCAGGCUGGGUCUUUUCAUGUGUAGCGAGUUUGAUGUCACUUUAGCUGCCAUGGCUUCAUCCUGUGGUCUCCUGGGGUUUAUAGUGUACUGAGGCACUAGAGCUCCCAGGCUGAGAAUUCUAAAUGUCCUCCUUAGACUACAAAUCUCAGGAUUGCAGAAAGUGGAACCACAACAGAUAAAAGUGGAGUCGUGGAAAUACAGUUGACCCUCCACAUUUGCGGAUUUGAUUAUUUGCAGUUUUGAUUAAUUUAUUCUUUCUAGGAAUCUCUAAGUCCUCCAGCACAACUCUAUCAGAUGUUGACCAUAGGGUUGUACUGGAGAAUCUAGAAGUGCCUAGAGAAAAGGCCUCUCUAGGCAUUUGUAGGUCUUCCAGCAUGAUUCUAUGAACAACUUCGGCAGAUGUUGACCAUAGAAUUGCACUGGAGGACCUGGGGAUUCCUACCUGCUCUCUCAGGUAAAAAGAAUAGUGGUUUUUGAUUUGUGGUUUUCCCACAUUCAUGGGGGUCCUUCACCCCUAACCCCAGCAAAUGUGGAGGGACCAUUGUAUUACUAUGUAGUGUGAAAGGGCUCCUGGUUCCUGGAUUGGUCUAGCCAGGCAGAGGGAACAUGCACAGUCUGUCUGCACAUGUGUUUGAUGUGCCUCAUGAAGCAGCAGCAAAGUCAAGUGUAAUUCUGAAAGAGGGUUGUAUUUUUACAUGGUGCAUCCUAUAUUUGAAAUUUUCAAAAUGUGAGUAUUGCUGGAAAAAAUGUUUGACUCAGGGCCAAACAACUGGGUUCAGAGCCUUACAUCCGUUAUAAUCCAAGUUGUGAUAGAUUUGGAUUAGGCUCAAGGGACCAAAAAUAAAUUAAUCUGAUGUUUUGCCAGCAUCUGUGGCUGACAUCUUCAGAAGAUCUUCCUUUGAAGAUGCCAGCCACAGAUACUGGUGAAACGUCAGGAAUAAACUCUUCCAGAACAUGGCCACAUAGACCGAAAAACCCACAAAAAACUAUGGAUGCUGGCCAUGAAAGCCUUUGACUUCACAAAUUAAUCUGAGUUUGGCUUUUUCUAUAAAGGUUUAUGUGCACAGAAAGCAAGAGAGAGCAUAUUUAUGCAACCUGGCCAUGAUUCAAAGAAAGGUCGCAGACUCCAUGAUAUUCUAGCUUCAAGGUAACUAAAAAAAGGUAGUUUCUUCCCCAAAUUUCAAAUGAUCAUUCCAGUUUCAUGGAAUUAUGCUGAGUUGUCUUCACAGAGUUUCUUGCAGUAAUGGGUCACUCCUCUCUGUUUGAAUUGUCUCAGUACUUUGUUAUCUGUGUCAUUUUUUUUCUUAGUCAUUAAUUUCUGCUGAGUAUUAAUUAUUGCACAAUUUGAAGAAAACUUCUUUGUCUUUCAAUGUCAUCCCUUCUUCCCACUUGAAUAAUACAAAGUUACGGUAACUGAGUCAAGGAAUCAGUUGUUUUCAAAAUAAACCAAUAAACCCC